AUGACCGCGCUAGACCAGGUUCGCACGCCUUUAAACCGAUUGGGACUCCUUAUUUCUCCCCAUCAGCGGCUUCUCGAUAUCAUCGAUGGCGGCGUGCUCGUAAAGCUCGACCAGUCGAUGUCCAGUAGCGUGCCCACUUGCCCAGCUGUUGUUUGCGAUUUCGUCCUGUCGGGGUCAGCCGGUUGGACUGCCACCUCUUUGUAUGCUCGACGCUCGUUCAAAUUCAUUAUUGCUUUUGUGUCUUUAUUCCUCCUUGUAGCUUGUUUUGCACUGUUCUAUAGCCCCCCUACUUUCCGGUGUCCACCUUCGCCAUUCGCAAAUUCCCAAGCGGAUCGCACCCCAGCUCCACUAGCCACGGAGAAUAUCACUGACAACCAUCACCACCUCGUCGUUACUACUACUACUACUACUACUACUACUACUACUACUACUACUACUACUACUACUACUACUACUACUACUACUACUACUACUACUACUGCCCCUUCCCUUUCUUUGGCCUCUCCCCCAACCCCUCUAUCUUCUUCCCUUACACCUCAGCCUCCCAAACCGAACUUCAAAAUUGUCGCUGUCAUCUUCUAUGGACGGCCGGAUAGGGUGGAAAUCCUCGAUUGCUACCUCAAGCGCAAUCUUGUGGCCAACGGAGGAUGGCUAGAUGAGGUCUACUGGGCGCCUAACACGGAAAAUCAGGCUGAUUUAGAUUGGCUCGAUAAGCUGGUGCCUACUUCUCCCUCGUACAAAAUAAUCCCUGUCAAGCCGCAGGAAAAGGGAUAUGCCAAAAUAUGGGAUCACACCGUGUCAGAUCCCGAUACCCUCUACAUCAAAAUUGACGAUGAUAUUAUUUUCAUCGACGACAAUGCGAUACCCAAAUUAGUGUCGCUAAAGCUGGAACAUGACCACUCGUUCCUCGUUUCAGCAAACGUUAUCAACGGCGCCCCGUUGCCCUACCACCACUACCGCACCGGAGCCAUCCGACCCUACCUCCCCGAAUUGGCGCCGCCCAACAAUAAUAGUAGUCAUAAUAUCACCAACAACACCGCGAACAGCAAUGUUACCUCGCUGCGACAACCAACAUGGCGCGCCUCACAGCUUCCAUACUGGGAAGGCGCGGACGGUUUCGAGUUCCCGCUCGAAGUCGGCAAUGCGCCUUACGCGAACCACCGAUGGUUGCCUGUGCACAGCGAGAGCAGAACGGCUAUAUACCGCACGCCCAUCCAGCACGCGCUCUGUAGCCCGUGGGCAGAGAACCGAGGCAAAUGGUCCCUUGCCGCGCAGCAGCAUUUCUCCUUCCUAGAGUCUCUGGAACGCAACGCGACCGACGUUUACGAUUUCGCGCGCCGCGGUGUGUGGGAUAUGGGAUUCGAGCGGAUCAGUAUCAAUUUCAUUGCCAUCUGGGGUAGAGACGUCAUAGAUCAUCUUCCGCUCGUUGACGAUGAGGCGAUGCUGACAAAGUCCAUCCCGAAGAAGCUUCGAAGACCUGUGCUGGUCGCAACGGGCGCGAUCGCUGCUCACUAUGCAUUUGCGUCGCAAGUUAAUGACCUCAAGCAAACCGAUAUCCUCUCUCGAUACCGUGCAUAUGCCAACGAUAUGAUUUGUCCUGGCACCUUGCCCUAA